UUACUGUGCUCGGAGCCCCUUAAUCAUGCAGGAAUUUGCAUUCCGGCCUGCACUUUGCAUCUCACCCUGAGCCGUGUGGACACAUAAAAGCGUACAACAAUGGUAAAUCCCCACAUGAACGGGAGGUGGAGUUGUAUGACCGGAUCCAAUCAAAGGCGAGCGAUCCGGUUUCCGAUAACAAUCCCGUCCAUACAGAGCUAGCCAUGGGGCAAGGGCCAGUGUGCAAAUUAUUCCGCGUCGAACUUUUACAAUUUAGUAGCAAUUUAAUGCUGUUUCCUGUUUCCUUGAAAUUUUCACUUUUGGGAUUUUCAUUAUUACUGUAACAGUUGUGCUACGCAAAAUUCAAAGUGAGAUCGUUAUUUUAUGAACCACUAGAACUGCAUUCGUGAUACCCUGAAGAAUAAUCUCAUUCUCAAACCAAUCCGCAAAAAUGGGUCUGAUAAAAUCCUGUCUGCUGUGCUCUCUGAAGACAGGCUGCUUUUUUGCAGCAUUCUACACCUUCGCCCUGGCCAUCCUUCUGUUGGUGUUCAAUGUCCAUGACUAUUGGGUCGUUCCCACGUACAUCGCCUGGUCACGCAUCAUCAGCUUUAUUGGAGCGGUUUUCCUGUUUAUCGCGGCAAUCGCUCUGAUAAUUGGAUUGUUGAAGAAUAACCCGGGCUGGCUGAGCGUGUGGAUCAUCAUCUUCCUGGUGUAUAUCCUGUACCAGAUCGCCUUCGUGUGCUGGAACAUCUACUACUACACAUUGACCGAGGCCAGCUCAAGUCAGGUUCCAGCGGAUAUUCGAGCUUCGUUUCUGGCGAACAUCAUUGUAUUCGGCAUACUGAUCUUCUUUAACAUUCUUGCGCUGAUUGCGGUGCACAGCGAACGCGAGCAUAUGGGAGGCAAAGGUCUUGUUGUUAUGGCUUAACCGCCGUAACUUGUUGAAGCAGUGCAGACGGAGCGGGACGAUUGAAUACUCGAGAAGGAAAAUGCUCCAGUAACUACGAAUGGUUCUUUGAAGAGCCCGCUGAAUGUUUUACUGGUAUUUCGACAUGUAUACGUAUUUAGUAAGUAUAUUCCGUGCUUAUUGUUAGCCUUAUUUUAUUGCUGCGCGUUGCAAAACAAAAAAAUCAAACGUGAAGUAUUUGUGUAGUAAAUUCUUGUGACUAGUAUUAAUAAUGUCAGCAUACUCCUUUGUUUCCGUAUUAUUGGUCCAAUGAUUUUUUGUGGGAUCUGUACAGAGUACGCAAUCUCAUUUUGUACGUUCUUGUUUCUGUUGGAUAUUUUGCACAAUCAGAAUAAACUGUAUUCUUG